GUUUUUUCAAGAGAACAUGAGUUUAUCACGAGAUAAAUCAUAUAAUGUUGAACUGCAAAUGAGAUAUUGAGUAUCUAUACGAUUUUGCAAUGAGAAUUCUUGAAAAAUUUGAAUAUCUUUUAAUUUCCCUUCAGACAGAAGAAGACUUAUAGAGCAUUUACAAUUCACAUGAAAUCUUAAAGAAGUCUCCAAUGGUAAUAUAAAGAGAAUGAUGAUAAGAAUGCAGAUAUAAAUCAUAUAAACAUAAAUACAGAUAAAAUCAUCAACAAAUCAAAGCUACUCCUUGAAAUUGGGGGUAUCCCUUCACGAACAUAACCAUAACUCAUAACCAUAUUAAAAAGCAGCUGAAACUGAAACGAACUGCAGAAAGAUGGUAAGUAAGCCCGCCCCCAUCCAGGUGUAUACGGGUCGAAUACCUAAUGAAAUAAUGUAAACGAUAGCCGAAUGAUUAGCGAUAAUUUGUUAAAAAAGCUGCACACCAUCCUUGAAUGCCCAAUGAACUGCCUGUAGGGUUGAAAGGCGUAGUUCAUACCAGAAAUCACACGUGUCCGGUGGGUGGAAGUCUUCGUGAAGAGUGAAAAAAACGGCAAAAGGUACAAUGGGAAUGACGUCUUGCCAGUGCUAUUCGAUACCAUCGCAAUGUACUUAUUUCCAGGGGAAAGAUGAUACUUUUUCUGAGGGCCUGAAUGCCGGAAAGAAUUCUGGUGAUUGUGGAAUGUGGGAUCAGGUUACGGCAUCAGUCCAGACAGAUGCACCCACGACGUCUGAUGUCCUCCUACACCACAAAGAAUACGAAGAUGAUACGGAAUACGAUGCCGCGUCCAGCGACUCUUCGGCAGAAAAAAAGGUCAAACAAAACGAAAGGUAUUUUGAGCACUCGUACAACAGACAAAAAGGGCCGCAGCUAGUGGCCAAAAGGAAUUUGAGGGAGAGGAACAGGGUGCAAGCCGUGAAUGGCGCUUUCAACCGAUUGAGGAAAGCUGUACCUUUUCAGCACGCAAGAGGAAAACGUAUAAGCAAAGUAAAGACUUUACAGAAUGCCAUCAACUACAUCAGAGGACUCGAACAACUGCUCAAUAACGAAUUAUUUCAAACUAUCUCUAUGAGGGGAUAUUACAACCCCAAACAGGACUCAAUAUGGUGGGAUCUGGAAUACUGAUAUUUAUGAUAUAUCUCAUUUUGUAAUAAUUUUCUAGUCGACAAUUUACCUUCAGUAAAAUAUCUAGUCAUUGUAUACUUCAUUUAGAAUUAUAAUUCAUAUUC